AUGUCCGGCUGGCUGAAUGCUGUUGAGCGAGGGAAAGACCAUCCCCGGAAUGAAUGGAAUGACCACGAAUACUAUGGUCAAGAGAAUCCGGAAAAUCAGCUGCGUUGCACUCGUUCUGGUAUCAACCUCACGUCGGGUUUCAUCGUCGCGAAAGUAAUCGAUGAUUCGGUCGAUGCGGUGGAUGAGGUGCGGCAGCACAAGGCCCAUGUAGGCCACGACGAAGAUGACGUAAAAUGUGUUCACCAUGUUGGUGGCGGCGGGAAAAGAUCGUUUGGUAGAAGGGGACGACGAAACACAAAGAAGCGAGGCUGGCAGAUGCAAGAAGAAAUUCAAGAUAAUGCAAAAGAAGAUGCCACGAUGGAUGUUCUGGCUGAGGAGUUGACGCAGGAAGAGGAAAAUCUACCAGGCCGCCCCCGUGACUUGAUAGACAAAUCCGAGAAGUAUCUAGCCUUGCUGGCGUGUGUCAUUAUCGAGGCUUAUCAGUACGCGCUUCUUGUAGUUUGGAAGUAG